AUGUGUGGUAUUUGCUGUGUUGUUACCUUGUGCAGCCAGCCUGCGAUUCACGAUUUCCUCAGUGAAGACACCCUCUGCCAACUGAGAAGAAGAGGACCAGACAGUAGCCAUGAGCUGAUAAAAACUGUGUCUGAUCUCUCUUAUGAAUGUCUCUUUUCAGGCCAUGUACUUCACAUGAGGGGACUGGUGACUCCUCAGCCUCUGGAAGAUGCCAAUAACAAUAUUUUUCUUUGGAAUGGAGAAAUUUUCAGUGGAGUGCACGUAGGAAAUCUCGAGAAUGAUACUGAAGUAAUGUUUCGUCAUCUGGCUUUAUGCAGCAGUGAAAUGGACAUUUUGUCACUCUUCUCAUCACUUCAGGGUCCCUGGUCUUUUAUUUAUUAUGAAGCAGCCAGGCACAGUUUAUGGUUUGGCAGAGAUUACUUUGGUCGUCGUAGUUUGCUUUGGCAGUUCAGUAACGAGGCUGACAGCGCUUUCUGUCUCACAUCUGUAAGUGGUUGCUCUGAAUCAGGCAACCAAUGGCAAGAAGUCCCAGCAUCUGGAAUUUUCAAAAUUGAUCUCAAAGCUUGUGCAACAACUAAGUCUUUGUCUUUGACAUUGUUUCCAUGGAAGUACAGCUGCGGAGAGAAAGCAGAAGAAACAUGCAUUAAUAUUCUUGACCAAGUGUCAAAAGACUUACCAAACCACAUACAUCUCAUGUUGAAUGAAUCAAAGCUGUGUCUUAGAGCACCAGUUAUCCCCUUAAAUAAAACAGUUUCUAAAACUUCAGGUACAUGCCCAGGCUCUGAUUUUAGCAACAUUAACUGUGUGGUGUCUGUAGAAACCCUUCAAGAAUUUCUUGCAGAGGAACACAAGAAAAAAUUAGCCUGUCAAUUUAUUGAUGUUUUAAAUGAAGCAGUCAAGAGACGAGUCCUGUGUCUCUGUAGAGAUCCAGAUCAGAAAACGAGAGAAGUUCCAAGCAUGUCUGAUAAGAAAGCACGUGUUGCAGUGCUCUUUUCUGGUGGCAUUGAUUCUAUGGUUAUUGCAGCCCUGGCUGAUAAACAUGUGCCUUUGGAGGAGCCAAUUGAUCUUCUCAAUGUAGCUUUCAUGAUGAAAGAGCAAGCUAAGCACAGGGCCACCACUAAAAGCCAUACCAGGCAUGAAGUACAGCUUGAUUUGCUUUGUCCUCAAGAAGGCUGUCAAGAUCUUGAUGCUGACACUGGUGCUCAUUUAUCUUGCUUUGAUGUUCCUGACAGAACCACUGGUAGGGCAGGAGUGAAGGAAUUAGAAGCCAUUAACCCUUCAAGAACCUGGAACUUUGUGGAAAUUAAUGUUACACUAGAGGAAUUGAAAAAAAUGAGAAAAAAGCAUAUUAAUUACUUAAUCUAUCCACUUGACACAGUCUUGGAUGACAGUAUUGGCUGUGCAAUUUGGUUUGCUUCCAGAGGAGAGGGUUUCAUUAGUAAUCAAGGAGAAAUGAAACCAUAUAAAAGUCAUGCAAAGGUUGUGCUUAUGGGAAUUGGAGCAGAUGAGCAGCUUGCUGGGUAUUCUCGACACCGUGUUUGCUUCAGAAAAGAUGGCUUAGAGGGUCUUAAUAAAGAACUUGAAAUGGAGCUAGGUCGCAUUUCUUCUCGAAAUCUUGGUAGAGAUGACAGGAUCAUCAGUGAUCAUGGAAAAGAAGCCAGAUUUCCUUUCCUUGAUGAAGAUGUUGUUUCAUUCCUCAAUUCUCUUCCCGUCUCAGAAAAAGCUGAUUUGACUUUACCUCGAGGAAUUGGUGAGAAACUGAUUCUACGCCUUGCAGCCAAGGAGCUGGGCCUGACUGCCUCGACUGUUUUGCCAAAAAGGGCAGUACAGUUUGGAUCUCGGAUUGCAAAACUAGAGAGCAGCAGUGAAAAAGCAUCUGAUACUUGCAGCAGACUGAAGUUACUUUCAGUAGAUUAAUUGUAGAGGUGUGUCUUCAGAUGUUGCACUUACUCUGUAUGCAAAGUCACUAAAUCUUUUGAAUUUUCUUAGAAUGUUUGGGUCCUUUUUACACACUUGGACAUAGUUAUUAACAAGUGAUGUGUACGAGGAACUCACUAUGAAUCCAUCCUGUGCUUUUAAUUUUUUUAAUAAUGAGAAUGCUUUGUUUGGAAUAGUAACUGGAAUCACUUUGGUGAUAGCAACACAGCAUUUGUUUCUCUGACAGGUGAUUUUCAACAUUUGUAAUCCCAAGUAUUGCCAUUAAACAUGACACCAUUGAAACAGUUUU